AUGAGAGUCAAGCCAGUAUGUUUCAUGGCUGUGUGUUUACCUCAUGGUACUGGUACAGCCUGUAGUAUAUAUGUGGUUUUUACUAGUAAUAGUCAAACACUUUCGAUUUUGUUCUUGGUUUCAGUGUAUGCUAAAGCAAGUACCUGCUUAAACGCUGACAUCAUUUUGAAGUCUGAUAUGGAUCAGUUUUUAAUUAACCUAAAGGUACGUCUUAACGAUAGCAGUACAAAAACGCCUACAUUGGUUGUGUGUUUGAAGAACGAACGACAGAAACCACGCCAUUACUUAAAACCUGAAAAUUCUCCCUUCAUGCAAUUGAUUAGGAAAUAA